AAAAUGAUAUCGAAAUAUCAAAAUUGAAUGCUAACGUGGUAGUCACGAAACUGUUAUUCUGAUUAUGCGGUUUAAAUAUAUUUACAGACUUCAACGAGUGAAUUUUUAAAUGGCUUUAUGCGCACAACUUUAUUCAAUCGCUGUAUAAUGAAAUAUAAUAUUCGUAAUUGGGUAAAGAGAAGCACUGAGACUGUCAGUAUGCACGCGAAGCCCUAUCGCGAACAACGGCGAUCGAAUGUGUCUGACCACCGCGUAUGAUCAGUUAGUGUUUGUUGUUCGAUGUUGGCGAAGGAAUACAAUACACGGAAAGAAGCAGAGGAUAAUCUAAAAGAGCAUGAAGCUCUUUACUUUGGUGAAGGUCGCAUACGUUAUGCUGGUGAUAAUCCUGUUGCUGAUGAUGUGGGCGUCCAUGGCGCGAAUGCAUGAGCUACCGGUCCACUAUCCACCGUGUUUCUUUAAUCCGCUUUGCACUUGUUCGAAAGCCAUGCCGGAUCUUGGCAAAGUGGCGUGCUACAGUGUACCGAUGCCACGAAUACCGCAGCCAAUUAAUUCAUCCAAAAUGUAUAGUCUGCAACUAGAGAACAAUGGGCUGAGGUUUCUGCAGCCACAAUAUCUUAUGAAUACUGGUCUCUACCAACUACAGAUUAAGCAUAAUCCCCUGGUGGACAUUCCGGAAGAAGCCUUUCUAGGUCUUGAAAGAUCAUUAUCGAUGCUCGACUUGUCCUACAAUCAACUCGCAAGCGUACCGAGCAAAUCAUUUAGACAUUUACAAAAACUGGAAGUUCUCGAACUCACAGGCAACAAGAUAUCUCGCAUUGUGCCGGAAAAUUGGCGUGGUUUGGAGAACUCUUUGAAAAUUCUACAUUUGGGAAAAAACGCGAUUGAAAAAUUGCCAGUCGAUGCCUUCGUCAGUCUUACAUAUUUAGAGAGCCUUGAUCUUCGAGAAAAUAGUUUGAAGGAGAUCGAUCCUUCGAUAUUCAAAGAUGAGAUGGCUCACCUGACGCACCUUUAUUUGAAUGACAAUCAACUGACAUACGUGCCGUAUACCCAAUUGUUCUUAUUGAAGCGCAUGAAGGUACUUGAUCUCAGUUACAACAAGAUAUCGAAAAUGCUACACGCUCAACAGGAACCGGAGAUCAGGGGUAGACAGAUGCCUCUGGAUGUGUUACAACUGGAUUAUAAUCAGAUCGAAACUCUCGCAUCCGGUGAUUUUCAACAUUUUUACAAGGUCAACCGCACGUAUCUUAGAGGCAAUCCUUUGAUGACUAUCGAGGAAGGUACGUUCAAAGAUUCGCGUAUUCGUGAGCUAUAUUUGAGCGAUUGCGAUUUGCUGGAGAUCAACUCGGCUAACUUAGCCGGCUUAGAAUCGUCGCUCGAAUUAUUGGACGUGUCAGGAAAUAAUAUAACUAUGCUUCCUAAUCAUCUAUUUCAAGAAUUCAAUCUCCUGCGUACGCUCAUCUUCCGCGAGAAUCGUAUCAACACAUUUUCGCCAACUGAAGUAUUUAGUGGCUUUCAAUAUUUGUAUAAUUUGGACCUCAGCGGCAAGCAGAACGGCAUGAUUUCCCUUCAAGACCUACGACAAAUGAGAAAUUUGCGUUUCCUCUCGAUCUCCCGAAUGCCACAAACAAUCUUAUCAGCGAAUGAUUUUCUAGAAUUUGGUAUGGACAUCAAAGAAUUACGGAUAAUUAAUAGUAAUCUGAACACGAUCAAAAGUCACGCUUUCAUGCACGUUCGCGGAAUCAAGUAUCUUGAUUUUUCUGAAAACUCGAUAUCGACUAUAGAUGAUGAUGCUUUCUCGGAGGUGGGCUAUUCUCUGUUAACAUUAAGAAUGUCUCAUGGUCUCUCCUCCUCAAUGUCUGAAAUUCCAAAUCGGCCAUUUAAAUCGUUAACGAAUUUGCAGCAUCUUGAUCUUAGCAAUAAUAAGAUACGAUUUUUACCUGCUACAUCUUUUCAUUUUUUAAAAAGGAUAAAACGCAUUGAGCUUCAGGAUAAUGAAAUUGAUAGCAUACCGACGGGUAUCUUUCAAGGUGACAUCCAUUCAACACUGGAAGAAAUCAACUUCGCUUUUAAUCAAGUGAGGAAUCUGCAAACUAAUACAUUCGUCGAUUUGUCGGCUUUAAUAACAAUUAAUCUGGAGGACAAUACCAUCGAGAGGAUCGAAAGACGAGCUUUUAUCAAUAUGAACCGACUUAAAUAUAUCAAUCUACGUGGCAACAAGAUUAGAGACAUCACCGAUGAAGCCUUUCAAAAUUUACCAGAUCUUGAGUUUCUUGAUCUUGCAUAUAACAAUCUUAAUGAAUUUGACUUCGCCUCAUUCGAUCAAGUGGGUACAUUAUCGUCAUUCAAAGUCAACGUUAGCCACAAUGAAAUUUCAAGAUUAUUGGUAAAUAGCACCUCUUUCAUAUCUUCAUCUGUCGUUGGUGGUAAUGUGCAAUCAAACAUCAAAGUUCUGGAUUUGAGUUACAAUAAUAUCUCCGAUAUUGCGAAGUAUUACUUCAAGCCGGUCGAGUACUCACUCACUCAUCUGUAUCUGUCAAACAAUCAAUUAAAAAACAUCACUCAGGAUGUCUUUGGCAAUAUGCCUCACUUGCAAUGGCUCGAUCUGAGACAUAAUGAGCUGAUAGAGAUAUAUUUUGAUUGCUUGAAGAACACAAACAACUUGCAAGUAUUACUUUUCUCCUGGAACGAAAUCACGGACAUCCCAGCGGAGACUCUAAGAUCCUUGAAAAAACUGCGCAUCGUGGAUUUGUCUUAUAACAAGCUGAGAACACUGCCGGACAACAUGUUUACUGACUCUGAUAUAGAGAGUCUUGAUCUCUCGCACAAUCAAUUCACGAGACUGCCCGUCAAAAGUAUGUCGGUGACAUCUACUGCAAAUUUGGUAAAUUUGGAUAUGUCCUGGAACAUUCUAUCGGGGAUUCACACCACCGACACGAUAUUCAGACUUAGAGGUCUUGUGUGGUUAGAUCUAUCAUAUAAUCGACUUGUUAGAUUAGACGACGGCGUAUUUUCUGAUCUACCAUAUCUAGCUCAUCUUGAUUUAAGCCACAAUAAACAACUUAUUUUGGAAAGUCGCGGAAGAACGUUCUACGGUUUAGAGGACACACUUCUGUAUCUUGGUCUGAGCAAUAUUUCUCUCUUGAGUAUUCCAGAGUUGCCUCUAAGACGAUUGCAAACCUUAAAUCUGGCACAUAACGGGUUGGCAACGAUUCCCCCAGAAAUGUCGUCCAAUCUUACAUCUCUUCAUUAUUUAGAUUUAAGUUACAAUGAUUUAACAGUGGUACCGUUGAUUACUCACACAUUACCGGAAUUAAAGACCUUCAAUUUGGCGAACAAUCCCAUUACUGCUAUUACAAAUACUAGUUUUCUCGGUGUGGCUGAUAGUCUCGAAGAGCUCGAUAUACGAAAACUCAGUCUAUCAAUCUUUGAAGCAGGAGCACUUUGCAAAGCUACCAAACUUCGCAAACUACAUAUUACUACGUACAAUAGUAUAAAGAAUUUCAACUUUCCCAACAUCCUAGAAUAUAACCAUGGUUUAAAACAUUUGCUCAUUGAUAUUCAAAAUGACACCAAUCUAGAGAAGGAAAUGACAGGGAAAUUUCCUUACAAAUUAUACAACAUUACGUUAACUGGUAAAGCUUUAAAGACUAUACAUCCAGAAAUACUACACGGUAUGCGAAAUCCCCAUCUUCAUUUCAGUUUGUACAAUACCAGCGUGGCGAUUGUGCCGCGAGAAAUAUUUAGAAACGCGCAGCGUGUGCGUAAUAUGACCGUGGAAAUCCGCGAUAGCGAUAUACGAUCAUUGCAUAAUCCAUCAAUCAGUUACAAACCGGGAGUACCGGGCCAGCGAUUCCUCAUGAAACUUCGAUUAGCGGAUAAUCAUGUCAAUUGUGAUUGCGAUAUUGGAUGGAUAGAAAUAUGGCAGAGGAAACACAGACAAUAUCAAGAGGAUCGAUGUAUUUCUUACGAUAAAUUCCAGAAUUUCGAGCGAGAAGAGGGCGACGAAUUUAGUUGUUGGGACAACGGUUGGGAUGACGAUAUCCGCGAAACGUUCUGUCUGAACAAAAACAACGUAUCGUUAUCAAAUUUGUUAAAAACGGAGCUGGAAUGCGAAUGGGCCACGGCAAGCACUAUCGAGUUGAACACUAUUUUCUUGGUGUUUUCAGUCAUUUUAGCUGCUGUUUAUUAAACGUCUUUUUCUC